AUGCAUCUCACCACCACAAUCAUCACCCUCAUCGCUGGCGCAAGCUGCACCCUCGGCGCCCCAACCUUGAACUCCCGAUCCGAGGCGGUCUCUGCCAUGGCCGCCGUCCCUCAAUGGACAAUCAAGUCAUUCACCCGAACCUGCAACGCCGCGGACACGUCUUGCACGGUCUCAUUCGGCAUCGACACCCAAACGGCGCCUGUCACCAACUGCUCAUACAACGUUACUGGCGCGCCGGCUAGCAGGGCGUCUACGAACAGCAUCACGUGCGGCCCAUACACCAUUAGUUCGGCAUGGAGCGGCCAGUUUGGACCCGAGAAUGGAUUCACCACCUGGUCUGUUGUCGACUGGAGCAAGCGGCUGAUUGUCUGGCCGGCGUACUCGGAUCGGGAGCUGGUUAAUGGUGUUGCGGUCACCCCGGACAAGAGUUAUGCGCCGCAGACUCUGGCUUGA